AUGGAAGUUUCUCCACAAUGCUUGGUUAUUACAGCUGCGGCGCAUCCUAGUCAUGAUAAGUUCAUCAACAAGAAGAUUGAUAUGUUUGAAGAAAUGUCUCUUGUCUGUGGGAAUGAUCGAGCUAGGGGUGAUUGUGCUAAGUCAUUUGAAGAUAUAGGCUUGGAUUGUAGUUCGGAGAAAGGUAAUGAAGAUGAGAUUGAAGGACCAUCUAAGGAGAAUGGAGUGCAAGAUGUGAGUGAAACUUCUCAAGUCAAGUCAAGUCGUAAAAGAAAUCGUCCUUCUGAUGUGCAAGAUGUGGUCGGUGAUAUUUCAACAAAACUUGGAGAAGUGGCAGCGGGAAUAAGUAAGAUAGCUGAUAGCCGAUUAGAUGUGACAAGGUUGUAUGAAGAAGUUAGGGCAAUUGAAGGUUAUGGGGAAGAGUUCUUAGGGGAUGCUUUUGACUAUUUGGUACAAAGUGAUACUUUAGUUAAGGGAUUCAUGGCUAAAAAUCAAAAUCUCCGUAAGGUGUGGUUGGAAAGGUUCAAGCGACAACAUAAAUAGAAUAUAGAAGUGAAUUGGAAGAACAUAACUAUAUAGAGUACUACUAUUAGAGGACUUGAUAUCUUUUUGCUUGAAUUUGAUUUGUGUGCUGAAGGCAGAGUUGUUUUACAUGUUUACAAAUUGUUAGUUUGUUGAUUUAAUG